UCUGUUUGCUUGUUCUCGUGAAGUACUUUGCAUCGUGAUUUAACAGAUAUGUCAGGCCGUGGUAAACAGGGUGGCAAGGCUCGAGCUAAAGCUAAAACCCGCUCUUCGCGUGCUGGGCUCCAGUUUCCAGUGGGCCGCGUGCACCGCCUGCUCCGGAAGGGCAACUACUCCGAGCGCGUUGGGGCCGGGGCCCCGGUAUACCUAGCUGCGGUUCUGGAGUACCUGACGGCCGAGAUCCUGGAGCUGGCGGGUAACGCGGCGCGCGAUAACAAGAAGACCCGUAUCAUCCCGCGCCACUUGCAGCUGGCCAUCCGCAACGAUGAAGAGCUCAACAAGCUGCUCGGUCGUGUGACCAUCGCUCAGGGUGGUGUGCUGCCCAACAUCCAGGCGGUGCUGCUGCCCAAGAAGACUGAGAGCCACCACAAGGCCAAGGGCAAGUAAAGUGUCCACGUUCCC